UGUUCAACGUUACGUUACUCCAGUUUUAUGAUCCUAUUGAAAGUUUAAGUGGUUUUAAACAAAGUAACUGAAAUUUGUCGGUUUACGAGGCUUUUCGGGUGAGCUGAAGCGAAAAAUGGACGAUUGUUCCAAAUAAUUGAAAUAUUUCAAAUACCAUAAAACGAGAUUAAUCUACGUACAGCAUACAUAAUUGAUGAAUUACGAUGAGCAAUAUGAUAAAAAAACACGCGUGCUUUAUUUAUGUUGCGUUAUCAGCUGAAUAAUAUGCGAAAAGUUUAAAUGAUUCCCGAAUGAGCUAAUAAGAAAAUCAACAAAGUUGUAUCCUGUUCGAGCGAAGGACUCGGUUUCUAAUUGGAUGAUGGCGUAAGGCCACCGCAACUGUUCCGUGAACGGACCAAUGAGAGGGGAAGUGCCAGGAUUGCAGUCACCUUAUAAAAGCACACACUUUCGGCAUCGGCCAAUUUCCGGAGCGAAAAACGAGCCGCAAUUGAAUGCAAGUAUGUCGUCUUUGGCAGGAAGAAUUCUGAAGAGCCUGAGCACGAAAAGCCGGAUGGUCAAGGCGAUUCCGACGAAGAGGUUCACGCACAGUGCGGUUCAGGCCCUGAUCGAAAAGGAUAAUUUAGUGGUGAAAGCCAGUGAUCACGUCGACCAGUAUCCUUUGGUCUGGCUGAGGGAUAAUUGUACAUGCGAGAAGUGCUAUCACAAGGAUUCGCAGUCUCGAAUCAUCAAUUGGAACGACUUCAAUAUCGACGUUAACAUCAAAUCCAUCAAGACCAAUGGUGAUAACAAAAUCGAAAUCGACUGGGACGAUGAUCACAGGUCCAUUUACAACUUCGAUUGGCUGAAGAAGCGUAGCUUCAAGAGGACCGUGCAAGAGAAGUACCUGGCCGAUUCGUAUCUCCCCGAGAAGAUCCUGUGGGACAAGAAGGACUUCUUCAACGUGAUAAAAACUUAUCAGUACGAUGACGUUAUGAACGAUGACGAAUCCCACUACAACUGGCUACGAGAUCUGGCUGUCUACGGAGUAUCCCUCAUCGAAAAUGCACCACCGAAUCCAGGUGAAUGCAGAAAACUCUCAGAAAAAGUUGCUUUCAUCAGGAAAACUCAUUAUGGGUAAGCUAUUUCAUAAUUAUUUAACUAACAA